AUGAACUCCAAGGCUAUCGGAGACCACUAUAGUCGUGGCGAUGAUUUCUAUCUUACGUAUAUCGAUAAGCGAUAUAGAUUCUACUCGCACGGGUUAUUCAAAUACCCGGAUGAAAGUAUCGAGGAGGUAUCGGAGCAUAAACUCGAGAGCAUGUUCAGCAGCUUGGAACUCAAGCCUGGACAGAGGCUGCUAGAUAUCGGUGGCGGUUGGGGAGGUGUUACUCAGUACUGCGGUGCUCGUGCGUUUGAUCAGCGACAAGAACCUCUCGGUUUGAUCAUGUUGUUAUCCACGGGGUCACCGAGCGUUUCCCAGACUACCAAGGAUUUGCUUAAACCAGGAGGUCGGGUUUAUCUCGAUGUGUCGGCUGCUGUCACCAAGUUUGCUGUUAGCUCAUGGGCGAGACAGUAUAUCUGGUCGGGGACGCACUCAUUCAUAACUGUCCAAGAUGUCAUGGCCGAGUUUUUGUAUCAUGGAUUUGAGGUUAUCGAAGUUGUUCACGAGACGAAAGACUAUGAGCUUACCAUGUUGGAAUGGACUAAGAGAUUAGAUGCUGCCAAGGAUGAAGUCAUUGCAGGCUGGGGCGAAGAAACGUAUCGCGUAUUUCGGCUCGUCCUGUGGGGGUGGGACCCAUGUAUUUAA